AUGGUCGACAGUGAAGCUAGCUCGCCUACGUGGAAAUUCACACAAUGCUUUGGCGAUAAGGGAGAUGUGGAGGACAUCACCGAGGCUGAUAUCAUCUCCACGGUUGAGUUCGAUCACACAGGAAACUACCUAGCCACUGGCGACAAAGGAGGUCGCGUCGUUCUUUUCGAGCGGAAUGAGACGAAAAAGUCUUGCGAGUAUAAGUUCCAUACCGAGUUCCAGUCCCACGAACCCGAGUUUGACUACCUCAAAUCCCUCGAAAUUGAAGAAAAGAUCAACAAAAUCAAGUGGUGCCGCCGACAAAACGCCUCACACUACUUGUUAUCGACCAACGACAAGACCAUCAAGCUAUGGAAAGUCUUUGAGAAGUCUCUCAAGGUAGUGGCCGAGAAUAACCUAUCUCACGAUGUCACACCGGCAAACGUCGUCGGGGCUGGCGGCGGAAACGCCCUGCGCCCCCCUCCGUCCGCCUUCAAGAAUGCCUCUGACCUCAAACUUCCACGCUUGACCCAUCACGAUACCGUCGUUGCCGCCGUCCCACGCAGAACCUAUGCAAACGCCCACGCCUACCAUAUUAACAGCAUAUCCGUGAACAGCGAUGGCGAGACGUAUAUCAGCAGCGACGAUCUUCGCAUCAACCUUUGGAACCUCAACAUCCAAGACCAGAGCUUCAACAUCGUUGACAUCAAGCCCGCGAACAUGGAGGAGCUCACUGAGGUGAUAACGGCCGCCGAGUUCCACCCACAGAGUUGCAACUGGUUCAUGUAUGCCAGCUCAAAGGGCACAAUCAAGCUCGCAGAUAUGCGUGAGAGCGCGCUCUGCGACCAACAUGCGAAAAUGUUCGAGCAGGAAGAAGACCCUUCAUCGAGGUCGUUCUUUUCUGAGAUCAUCUCAUCCAUUUCCGACGUUCGAUUUUCCUACGAUGGCCGGUACAUCCUCUCACGCGACUACUUAACCGUCAAGAUAUGGGAUAUCAACAUGGAACGACAACCCGUCAAGACGAUACCGAUUCAUGAGCAUCUGCGACCGCGAUUGUGCGAUACGUAUGAAAACGAUAGCAUAUUCGACAAGUUUGAAGUUGUCUUCUCUGGGGAUGCGAAGAACGUAAUGACGGGAAGCUACAACAACAAUUUCAUGAUCUAUCCCUCGGAUCCAGAGAAAGAGACGGAGGUAGUACUACAGGCGGAUAAAUCGGCGUUCAAGGCGAAGAAGAUCGGAGUACCCACACCCAUUAAUUCAGCAACGAGCCCGACGGCAAACGGUGGAAAGAAGGCAGGCUCGCGGGCAGAGAGCCCAGGUGGCGGAGCACAAAGAAUGCGCAAGGAGACCGACGCGGACCAGAUUGAUUUUAACAAGAAAAUCCUUCACAUGAGCUGGCACCCCUUCGAAGACAGCAUUGCAAUUGCUGCGACCAAUAAUCUCUUUGUCUUUUCGGCACUGUAA